ACACAAGAAAAGAGGUUGUAGGUGAGACGUGAGCGUUUUGAAAAAUUCAACGUUUUUCACUCCUGUUCCAACAUUUACUCGUGCAAAAUUCCCGAAAUCGUGGCUCAGAACGUUGAUAUCUAAAGGGGGAGUAACCUAUAAUCGGAGAUGGCAGUGAACGUGUAUUCUACCAAUGUUACGACGGACAACCUGUCGCGCCACGAUAUGCUGGCGUGGGUGAAUGACUGCUUGCAGUCCAACUUUAGUAAAAUCGAAGAGUUGUGUACCGGCGCCGCGUACUGCCAGUUCAUGGAUAUGUUAUUUCCUGGCAGUGUACCUAUGAAACGCAUCAAAUUCAAAACAAAUUUAGAGCAUGAGUACAUACAGAACUUCAAAAUACUACAGGCUGCCUUCAAAAAAAUGAGUGUUGAUAAGAUAGUACCCAUUGACAGGCUGGUGAAGGGUCGUUUUCAAGAUAACUUUGAGUUUUUGCAAUGGUUCAAGAAGUUUUAUGACGCUAACUAUGGAGACUCGGCGACUAAUUAUGACGCACUGUCGGCGCGCGAGGGGCUGCCCAUGGGGCAUGGCAGCUCGACGGGGGCCGCGGCGGCGCCGCGCGCUGCCGCCGCCACCAAGAAACCUGCGGCCCCCGUCGCCAAAGUACCGGCCAGACCCCAAACCAUUGGCAAGGCUAAUACCACAGUGAGAACUCCACCCGUCAACCUACAAAGAUUAAGUCAAAGUGCAAAAGGCGACUCUAAACUUCUUGACGAGCUUAAUCAUCAAUUAAAUGAAUUGAAAGCAACUGUGGAUGGAUUGGAGAAAGAAAGGGAUUUCUAUUUCGGCAAGCUCAGGGACAUAGAAGUGAUCUGUCAGGAAAUGGAGGAGCAGAACAGCCCUAUUGUUCAGAAGAUUUUGGACAUUUUAUACGCUACUGAGGACGGAUUUGCGCCACCUGAAGAAAUUGACGGCGAUCAUCCACACCCACCAGAGGACGACGAAUAUUGAACACCAUGUAUCAUGUACGCGUAUCAUAGCUCCUUGUAUAUUAAACUCGAAAUUAUAUCGCUUACGAUCAUAAAUAGUAUCAGUGCUUAGUGUUUCACAGCCAAUGAGUCGUGCGUAACUGUUAUGCGUAGAUAUGCGAAUAUUAUGUGGAAACAGUGGCCCCGAAAUGAUUUUUAUAUGCCAUAUUUUGUUGUAUGAAAUGACGAUAAAACACUUUUGGAUAAGAAAAAAUUACAUUUCGACUAACAUGUUCAGGUUUCUGAGUCUUCAUGGCUGUGUCAUUCUAAGUACAUUCCUAUC